CGCUGGCGCUCUGCCAGCCAUGGUGCGCAUGCGUGUGCUAAAUAGCUACACGAAAUUUUUACUUCUUUCAUUUCCCAAAACUAAGAGUAGUAGCGUUUGACAGCGAUGCUCAAAUUAUAGUAAUAUUUAGUUAGAUUAUAGUGUCAGUGAUAUUAAACAUAAGAAAGUGUUGUGAAUAAUGUCGCCCAAGUGUCCAGUGCCGCCGUUGCAAGAGAUCACGCUUUCCUUGGUGGCGAGACAACUCAUCCAUACCCUGACGCGUGUGUCCUCAGAAGAAGAUGUCGCGCUACCGUUCGCUAUGGUUACUUCUUACUAUGAAAGCAUGGGCGCCACGAGCGACAUCUUCCAAGAUCUCAUUAAUUUAAUACUCAGCUCAGAAUACCUUGAUCCAUCUAUCAGAUAUUAUUCAAUGCGACUGCUGCUCAAAGAAAACGUAAAAACAUUAGCGACAGGAAUUUUUCCGUGCCCUUACUAUGGGAAAGUACUUGAUUUGAUUAUCGAGCAAGGGCGACACUUGACCUCGCUAAAUUUAAAAGGAGUUUGGGUCAAAGAUGAGCAUUUAACGCUCAUGUAUCACUUAAUCAAGAAUCUACCUAGUUUGACUGUACUUAAUAUACCUUACAUCGCCAAUGAUGAAGUGCUUAAGUAUAUUGGUGAACAUAAUAAAGUUUUGAAGCUCUUGGAUGUGUCUGGGGAGACGGAUAUUACAGAGAUAGGUAUAGAUGCAAUGUUACGUGGUAAUCCCCAACUUACACAAAGCUUGACUGUUGUAAACAUUGGUAUGUACGGCGAGGAGAAUAUUGAUCACACAGAUGUGGCGCUACUGAUACGUCAAUUACCGAAUCUCACCAACCUCGGUAGUUAUUCGUUCGUCGGAAAAUCUAUUUACCAUAUUUAUAAUAGUGAUUGUCCUCCAGGUUUCAAAACGAAACUGCAAUAUUUACACGAUGUUCAAACGAAUAUGCGCAUGAUGAAAGCGAUACUCGCGCUAUGUCCGAUGCUAGAAACUAUUUAUUUAGAGGAACCAGAUCAAGGCGUUCUCCAACAAGUGAAGGAAUUAAAUAAUAUAAACAAAAUCAAACUGAACAAAUUCCAAUGUCAUGAGUUGCACCAAUUGUUGGAUAAAAUAGGAUACAAAAUCGUAACCCUUAUGCUCUCGGCAUCACAGGGGUCGUUCAACUUUACCAGGAUAGCAGAGACGUGUAGGAACUUAGAAAGUAUAGAAUUCUAUCAGAUACAUACUGCCACACACGAGGAAGAGAUACCGUUCAAUAAAUUGGAACAUAUUGAGAUUAUACACGGAAACUUAUCGCCUUCAUGUCUCAAGUACCUGAUGACGGCCAGCCCAAAUUUAAAGAAAUUAAUUAUUGGAGAUGAAAUCAAGCUCGAUGACGACGAUAUGUCAAGAAUGGUCCGCCGAUACAAGUUUGAGAAUCUUGAAGGCAUCUGGUUCCCAAACGCUCCACGGUUAACGCGAGACACCGUAGAGCUUCUGAUGGAGUGCUGCCCCAAGCUUCAGAGUUUAGGCCAACUAAGUGGGUGGCGGUUCACCCCAGACGAUAUGAUGCUCAUGAGAGCCAUUAUAGCUAGUACGAAUACGGACCUAGUGCUAUCACCACUUGGUAUAUUUCAACAAGGGAAUUAG